AGUAUAAUGUACGGCUUGCAAAUAUUAGGGAUGGAAAUGUAAUUAACUGCAAUAAAUUCGUCUCUGUCAGCGGUUAAAAGCUAGAAGCUCACACAUACUGUGCUCCAUCGCCGAAGAGCGCGCCAUGAAGUAGUUGUUCUGAUGGCAACAAUCUUUAAAGCUAAAGAUGGUCUAUUAUCUCGUUUCAAAUCUUUAACUUGGAGUCAGAGAUUCAGCCAUUCUUUGCAGCCUCAAUUCUCCCGUGAAAUGAGUUCUAGUUCUUUGAAUUACAAAGUUGACGUGUCAAAAUGGAGAAAAGUAAAUGCGAAGACUCUUGGGAUAAAUAGUUCUGUGAUUCCAUUACCCUCCUGGAUUGUCUUGAAAAUUCUGAGAAAUAAAGGUUUCCAGUCUUAUUUAGUUGGUGGAUGUGUAAGAGAUUUAGUCCUGAAUAAAAUACCCAAAGAUUAUGAUGUGAUCACUACAGCUAACCUUAAACAGGUUCGGAGGCAAUUUCAUCGUUGUGAGAUUGUUGGACGGCGGUUUCCAAUAUGCCGGGUGCAUAUUAAAGAUUCUGUGAUUGAGGUUUCAAGUUUUGAAACAGUGGCAAAGCAUGCUGAAGGAAAAGAAGAAAUUCUUUUAUCUCAAGCUCCCCAUGGCUGUGAUGAAAAAGACUUAAUUCGCUGGAGAAACAGCAUGCACCGGGACUUCACAAUUAACAGUUUAUUUUACGACCCUUUUCUGAAUAUAAUCUAUGAUUACACCAAUGGAAUGACAGAUUUGAGGUCCUUGAAGCUACGAACAUUAAUUCCUGCCUACUUGUCAUUCAAAGAGGACUGUGCUAGGAUAUUGAGGGGCUUAAGAAUUGCAGCUCGUCUGGGCAUGUCAUUUUCAAAGGAUACUGAGACUGCUAUACGAGACCUUUCAUCAUCUGUUGAGAAACUGGACAAGUCCAGGAAAAUGAUGGAAUUGAACUACAUGAUGUCUUAUGGGGCAGCUGAGACUUCUGUUUGUUUGCUUCGAAGAUACAAACUUUUGAAGUUUUUUCUUCCAUUCCAUGAAGCAUAUCUUGAUGAACAGGCUAGUGAAACAACUGUUCAUAAUUCCAUGAUGCUAAUGAAAAUGUUAUUUAAUUUGGAUAAGCUGGUUUCUUGUGAUCGGCCGGCUGAUUGCAUUUUGUGGGUAGGACUGUUGGCAUUUCACCAGGCAUUAGUCAGUAACCCACAAGAUGCUUUUGUGAUCUGGGUUUUUGCUUCUGUUCUGUAUAAUGGAAAAUGGGAGGAAGGAGUUAAAUUUGCAAGAGAACAUGCGAAAGAUCAAGUAAAUUUUGUACCUGAGAUCUCAGGGUUUUCUGAAAUUGAAUCAGAUGAAGAACUUGCAGCAAAAGUUACUGAGUUAGCAUCUUUAGUUCAAGAUUGUGUCAAUGGUUUUUCGAAUGAGACAAACUCUUACAUGGUGUUUAUUUCAAAGAAAAUAGGGGCAGAUGUUUGCCAAAUUUUUGAUGUACUGGUGAAUUCUAUUGAAAUCUACGACAAACGAAGAAAGAGUUUCAUGAUUGAUUAUUACUUGCUUGGAAAGGGACAUAUACCUGAGACGAGAUUUGUUCUUGGCAAAAUUAUUUUGAAAACCAUCAGUGGUGGGCAUGCUGGAGGAGAGAGGGAGGUUGAUGAGGAGAAGAAUGGUAAGUGGUUGUUGGACUCAGUUGAGAAAAGUUGCCACCCGAGACCCUCUGAUUUGGCAAAGAAUGAAUUUUUGAGCAAGAAGAAUAGAAAGCAUAGUCUAGCAAAUUCUGACAUGGAAGCAAAUCUAGAAAGAACCAAAAAGAAGAAGUUAGCGGGGAAGAACCACAGCCUUUCUGAGCUGGAGCCAAAUAUGAACAAUCAGGACGAGGUUCCAAAAGAGGAGAGCAACCAGAAAGGUAAGGAGCACCAGAAUGUGGCUGAGAGUUUCCAAUUAGCCAAAGAAGAUACAAGGAUAACACAAGAAAACAUACCAGAGAAGAAAGAUUGUCAUUCAUCAUUAGAGGAGGUGAUCUCUAAGAAGAUUAAUAAACUCAAGGACGUAGUUAAUGAGAAGAAAAGCAGUCCACGGCCACUAUCUAGUCUCUUCAGAUAGAAGUAACUGCAUUUAUUUGCUGUACAACAUAUAUUAAAACUCCUCAACUCAGUUUUACCUUAUAAUUGACAACCGGCUGACUCUUCAGGUGUAGUAAUUUAAAGGCAGUGAAUGAGUGAAGGCUACAAGUUUUGGGUUGAUCAUGAUGUCUCCAUUUCUGGGCUGCUGCUUUUUGUGUUUGCAAUGAAUGUGUAAAAGAGCCAUUCACCAAAGUUUUUGUAGAGAGUUUCCAUCAUUAGCAGUUGUUUUCCUUCUGGAACUAACAAUCUGUCAGAUAUAUAUUAGGCGGCAAUUUUGACUUCACAAUGGUUCAGUUGAGGUAGCAAAGGGGAGCAUCAGGGGUUGCUGAUCUACCAUUUAUGUACACAAAAUUCUCAGUCCAGGUAAAUGAACAGAAACAUAACAGAAGAGUGUAGUUUAUUUGAGAUAUUGAGUUGUUGAUGUUGGUUAUGUUUGGUAGUAGAAUGGUGUGAAAUAAGUUGUGUGGAUAUUAUAGAUUUGUGGUUAUUAGUAUUAUUUCUGUGAACAUUCUUAAUAGCUUAUUUAUUAUAUUACUUUAAA